AUGCGGAAAUUAUCGUUAUUCUAUCUGCUCAAGCCAGCUUUGAUGGUCUACGCGUCCCCUUUUCUUUUCUACGCUGCGACAGCACCCGAACCUGGCGAAGAUCCUGAUGUCGAAGUCGGUUCCCCUGAUUUCUGGUUUCAUAUCAUCGUCAGUGCUGGUCUCGUAAUUCUUGGCGGUGUUUUCGCCGGACUGACGCUUGGCCUGAUGGGGCUGGACGAGCUUCAUUUACGUGUUCUUGCAACUGCUUCAGACGAUACAAAGGAGAAGAAGAAUGCCCAAAAAGGCGAGUUUCUAUCCUUUCCUUACAACUUUCAUCUCAACGAGUCUACCAGUCUUAAAGUUGAUGCAAAAAGGUCGGCACUGGGUGUUCUCCUACUGGGAAACGUUGUCAUAAAUGAAAGUUUGCCCAUCUUCCUUGACUCGGCAUGCCGCAAGAUUGGGGGAGGGAUUGCUGCUAUUUUGAUAUCUACAACCAUGAUUGUCAUCUUUGGGUGCUGUGUUAUCAUCAUUAGAGAAAUCAUUCCACAAGCUGUCUGCGCGAAGCAUGGCCUCUCAAUAGGAGCACACUGUGCUCCGUUUGUUCUCCUUUUGAUGUAUCUCUUUGCUCCGAUAGCUUGGCCUAUUGCCAAACUUCUAGACUGGGUCCUUGGUGCCCACGACGAGCAUACAUACAAGAAGGCAGAGCUCAAAUCAUUCUUACAAUUUCAUCGCUCCGGUGAAGAACCACUCAGAGAUGACGAGAUCAGCAUCCUUAAUGGUGUACUCUCCCUCAACGAAAAGACAGCUGCUGAAAUCAUGACGCCGUGGAAGGACGUCGUCACGGUUUCUGCGGACACAGUUGUUGACCGCAAAGUUUUCGACACAUUGCUAAGCAGCGGCUACUCGCGUUUCCCGGUUACUGCAGCCGGAAAGCCGACAACAGUCAUCGGCUUGCUUCUCAUCAAAAAGCUACUUCGCUACGAUCCGGCCACGAAUAAAUCGGUCGGGGAACUGCCAUUGUCAAUCCUUCCAGAAGCGAAGCCAUCCAUUAACUGCUUCCAAGCGCUCGACUACUUCCAGACUGGUCGUUCGCAUUUGCUCCUGUUGACGAAUAACCCUGGUAAAGCCAUUGACCAAUAUCCUAUGGGCGUCAUCACUCUGGAGGAUGUCAUCGAGGAGAUUAUAGGGGAAGAAAUCGUGGAUGAGACGGACCGCUACGAGUCUAACAUGAGCAAGCGGGUCGCAGACAGACACUCAAACGCUGCAAUCAUGAAGGGUAUCUUCGAGAGAGCAUGGAGGCGAGGAUCCAUGGGUACCGUCAAGACCACGGAAACACGCAAGGAUGCCUUCUCCGGUCAUAUAAACCUUUCUACUAGUCCAGCUGCGAUGGAGACUCAGCCUCUGAUUCCAAAUCAAUCCAAGGGCGGCGCCAAUCAAGGCAACUACGGCGCCGCAUAG